ACUGACUUGAGAGCUGAGUACGACCCUUCCUUGUAUUGCAUGGAUGCUUCUCCCCAUGGCGGUGCCGUGUGCUCGGCUCAGAUUGGCAAAGCAUUCUCUUUGAUUGUGUCGAAAUUUUUUCGAGGGACUGGGAACUGGAGCAUUUGUCAUCAGAACGCAGGGCUUGUGGUUCAUGCGGGUUAUGACCUUAAAGGGCCUGAUUGCCGUCAAGUUGAUGUGUUGGAUGGCUCCAUUCGCCGUGAACUAGUCGCACUUGCUUUGAGGCGCGUGGUUCGGGAAUGGCAUGCGGGUGUGCCCUGCGUGUCCUUUGGAACUUUGAGGAGGCCUCGUGUGCGCAGCCGCGCCGAACCUGCUGGGUUCCAACCUGACGAUUCGUUCACACGAAUGCACAACAGCAUGGCUCGACGGGUCGCUUUUGUUUUCUGCAUUGCGGUUCAGUUUGGCCAGUUCAUUUCGGUUGAACAGCCUGCCGGCACUUCGCUGUACCACUUGCACUGUUACCGUGUGCUUGUGACCCUCGGCUGCGUGGUCAGCACAUUCUGCUUUUGCAGCUUUGGCUCUCCGUGCUUGAAACGGUCCCGCUGGCUGCGCAACAAACCCUGGCUUUGCAGACUCGAGUGCUCUUGCGCCUGCGGCCGUGACCGGCGCUUCGAAGUACGAGGCACCUUCACUGCCGAAAGGUUGGCUGAGUUCGCAGCCCUAGCAAAGCCCUCUGUCGAAGCUGUGUACGGCUUGUGCCCGAAGCUUGGUCAGUCGGUUGCCGAGUUCAGUGGUGCUUAUCCACUUCGUUUGGCGGCCUCCAUGGCCAGUGGUUCGCUCGCCGCCUCUCGAGGCCACACAGAGAGGAUGCCGCUGUCUGCACGCAUCCGCGCAGCACGCUGGCUAGGCCUGGACAGUACUCACUUGCCCCCGGUGCAUGAACCUGGACUUCCGACUUUUCCUGAGCGUGAAUGGUUCGAAGACCCAGAGUGGAUCAGCGAGAUCUGCCUUUUAGAUUCCCGUGUGACCAUUGGCGCCGCAGCCAAGGGUCGAUCCAGCAGCUAUGCCAGUGACAACGUGGCCGACGGCCCGUCUCGAGGCUCAGCUGUGCCUUCGCCUUCUCGUAGCAAACCUCGCUGGCUCGAAAAGCUUCUUUUGGGCGACCCUGGAGACUUCGACAAAGUCGUGCUGGCUGCGAGGAUCAAGAAGAUUCCAGCACGUUGGUUGCGCUUCUUGUUGCUCUUGGGCGGCGACAUCGAACGCAACCCCGGUCCUGCGCCUCCUCGGCGUCGAGGGCCUUUAGACCUGGCUGCUGGUUUCGCUCCCAGCACAGCGAAGAAGAUGGCUGUCUUCGAGAGCAGCGUGACCACUGCGACCGCCCUUCGGGCUUUUGGACUGCACCUGUACGAGAACGGUUUCCCUCGCUACUUGUAUGUAUAUGCCAUCACAGCUGUUCAGGACAAGUACCCGGCUCACCGCAACUUUCUGACCGAAGCUUGGCAGGUGGAUAAAAAGUGGCAGCGCACUGACUGGAAGUUGUGGGCUGGUCUCGUCAUGAUCGGCUUUCUGGCUAUGCUGCAUCCUGCGGAGCUGGUCGCCUUGACCCGUAAGGACUUGGUCUUCCCGGCUGACACGCUUGGGCACACGACGUCUCUUUUCGUGCACCUCAGAAACCCGAAGACUUCACGGUUCGCGCGCAGGCAGCAUGGGCGCAUCGAUGACCCUUGUGCAAUUCGUUUCCUUGAGUCGCUCUAUGCAGGCCUAGGUUUGGAGCAAAAGCUGUGCCCGGCCUCUCUGCACAGUUUCCGUCGGCAGUGGGACGCCGUUUUGUCAAGACUGGGCAUCCCAUGCCGCGCCGCGCAGCAGGGUGCGACUUCCGGAGUCCUGCGUGGCUCGGGCGCCACGCGCUUUUACAUCUGCACGGAGAAUAUUCCUUUGCUUGCCUGGCGUGGACGCUGGGCCCGGACAAAGACGUUGGAAUAUUACUUGCAAGAGGUUGCGGCCCAAGUUCUCUUCCUUGGUCUUUCAGAGGCCACUCGGUCCCGGAUUCGAGUUCUGGACAAGGCCUCCGAUGCCCUC